AUGGCCUACGACAGGGGAACCUACGGGAACGCCAUCAACGAAUACACGAAGGCGCUGAAGAGGGAAAACAGCGCCGCGCUGGAGGGGCAGCUGAUGGCCAAGAGGAGCGCGGCAUUUGCAGCGCUGUCCACGGAGCUGCGGUUUCGACCGGCCACGGCGUCGGCCCUCUAUGGCAUGGACCCCUACGACCUCGCGAGGCUGGCGUUGAAGGACGGGCAAAGAGUGUCUGAGCUCUUCCCCAGGCACCCCGAGGGAUACCUUAGACAGGGAUUUGCUCACUACCUGCUGGAAAAUUAUGCCAAGGCGGAGGAGGCUUGUCUGGAAGGGCUGAGAUGGGACAUCGAUCGUGAUUCUCUUAAGAAUUGCCUCAAAUUGGUCAAGCACGCUACAGGCGAUGCACAGCAGCAACAGGACCAAAGCGCUGAGUGCAGAAUGCCGUUGCAGGCAUGUCGAGAUGCCGACGAUUUGGAGUGUGUACUGUGCAUGAAGCUGCUGUGCGAACCAGUGACGACACCCUGUGGCCAUUCUUUCUGUGCCCAAUGCCUUCGCCGGUCCCUGGACCACAGCAACAAAUGCCCAUUCUGUCGAACGGUGCUCCACCUUUCUCAGGAACUCGUUGUCUCAGUGACUCUUAAGACUAUCGUUCAAAAAUCGUUCCCUGAGGAGUACGCAGAGAGGUUGCAGGAGACAGCAGACCUUAAUGCUGCCUCGUCCAGUGGAUCUGCCAUUCUGCCACUCUUCGUGUUGACAACCCUGAUGCCAGGUGAGAAGAUGGCCCUCAACAUUUUCGAGCCACGGUACCGGCUCAUGGUUCGGAGGGUCAUGGCUGGUAGCCGACGGUUCGGGAUGGUGAGGAGAAGCAAUGAUCCUGAUGGCAUGGAGAAGGUGGCGUGUGAAUGUGAAAUCACCGAGUGUGAACCACUGCCGGAUGGCCGAUACUACUUGGAGGUCGUCGGUAGGCGGCGAAUCCAAGUCCAGGAGCUCUGGGAGCAGGAUGGUUACAGGGUGGGGAAGGUUGCACAGAUGCAUGACGAGACGCCCACCGAUCCACGCCGGGUGGCUGAGUUGUCUACAGAGAUCAAGGCCAGCACAUCCAACUUUCUGUUGCUGCUUCGCAGCGUCUUGUCCAAGCAUGGGCCCCACAACAGCGUGCUGGCCCUCCUUGGCCGCAUUAGCGAGGAGCCUAUGGCCAGCGACCCGGAGAUGAUCAGCUUCUGGGCGGCCUGCUUGCUCCCCACCGCCUGUCCGCAACGCAGCCUUCUGCUGCAGACGACCUCCACAAUAGAGCGGCUGCGUUGGCUUCAAACACACCUCAAGCAGCUGUGGGAAGCCAAGAAGGAAUGGAACAUAAAAUGA